CGCGCUCCUCCUCUUUUUUGGGCUUGUAAACAAUUGAAGCCAGUUUGGUUUCUAAGGCAUAAAAUAACUGCCCCUUUCAAUGUUUUCUUAUUUUGUCGCACGCGUUUUGUUGCAACACUUUCAUUAGAAAACUUACUAAUCAAGUUGUAGGUGAGAUGACCAGGUGACCAUUGCAUUACUAGGCUAAUUUUCACACAUUUCAUUAGGAUGUCAGGAGGUAAAGAGGAGUCCCUCUCACCAGAUGAGAUGAGGAAGAGGCUGUAUCAGACAUUCAAAAAGCGUGGAGUUCUUGACACUCUGAAGACCCAGCUUCGGAACCAGCUUAUUCAGGAGUUAAAGCACCCCUUUUUAACUGGAGAGAGUCUGCCCAAAUCAGUCCCUGUAAAAACAUCUUCUGUCCUAGAGAUUGCCUCUAACAGCUUGGUAAUUGAGCACUUGCAGAGUUCAGGCUAUGAAUAUACCCUGUCUGUAUUUUAUCCUGAAUCUGGCAUGAACACAGAAAAGUGUUUUUCAACCAGAGACAUUCUUCAACUCAUGAAAAUCAGUCCCCGCUCAUCUCUGUAUAAGUCUUUGACAUCAAGCAUUCAGAGAGAGAGUCAGAAAGGCUUUUUGAUGAAUCUUCUGACAGAGUUAAUAGACCACCAUAUACACAGGGACUGCAGUGAUGCUAACACGCAAACCAGCAACUCUGAAGCCUUUAAAGAAUCUCUUGUGGAAAAGAUGCAGAUGAUCGAUGAAGAGUAUGAGGUUCUCCGUUCCCGAGGAAACAAGUGGCAUACAUUUGAGGCUAGACUUGCCGAAUAUAGAAAAGAGAUUGAGGAACAAGCACAGGCUGAAAUCAACACAAAGCUUCAACAUUUGAAGGAUGUGGAAAUCGCAAAAGUGAAGAUGGAAGAGAAGGAAAAGGCUCAGAAAGAGAUUUUGGAUUUUAGGAGAGAUAUGGAGAGAACUUAUGAGAUGAAAUCUGAGGCCUUGAUUCACAGAGAAAAGAAUGCCAUCGAGCGACUGCAGAAGCAACAGCAGAUUGAAGAAAAGGAGAUCUACAUGCAGAGGCAGGCCUUGCUGAAGGAGAUCGAAACUGUGCGCAACAGAGAAGCUGAGUUAAGGCAAAGAGCUGAAGCGUUUGAAAAAACAUGUAAGCUACAGGAGGAGAAAACCAAAGUAACCGAAGACCUGCUGAAAAGAAGAGAACUGGCAGUAAAAACCAUGGAGGAUACCUAUGACCAAAAGUUGAAGAAUGAACUGGCCAGAUACCAAGUGGAACUGAAGGCAGACUAUGUUAGGAGAACUGAACAGCUGUCAGGAAAUGAGAAGAGAAAUAAAGAGGAGACUGUAAGAAUUCAGAAGGAGGCGUCUGCGAUUGAUGCUAAACUACAAGAGCACAGUCAAGCUCUCGCCGAGGUGAAACGACUAAAGAUGGAGCUGGAGACGGCCCAGUCCCAGAGCUCUCUGGUGGGCCAGCAGAACGAGCUGCUGCGGGAGCGGCUGGAGAGCAUGAGCGACUCCGUGCUAAGGAGGGAGAGGGUGGAGCUGCAGGCACAGGUGCGCCUGCUCACGCAGCAGGUGGAGGAGGCCCAGGAGGACAACCGACACCUGCGCCAAGCUCUCAGCCAGCCGUCGGCGGAGCAGCUGGCCCUGUGCACGGAGCUCAGGAGGCUGGAGGCGGCCAAGAGGCUGCAGGAGGAGGAGCACGAUAGCCAGAGGCAGGUGCUGCACGCCCAGCUGCAGCAGGAGGUGGAGCGUGUGGCCCAGCUGAAGAGCCAGCUGCUGGAGUGUGAGGAGAGGAGCCAGUGGAUGGCCACCCACGCCGAGGACAUCAAGAUGCAGCUGCGCCAAGCUCAGCUAGCCUUGGAGAAUGAGGUUCUCCGUAAUCCCAAGCCGUUCCUGGUGGACCGCACGGUGCUGGAGCUGAAUGCUGACCGGCUGCUUCCCCCCGACAUGUAUGUAGACAGGGACGUGCUGCGGGCGCAGGCGGGCGGGGGUGUGCGGGGGGGCGGCUGGCGGGACCGCAGCGUCUCUCCGGACUCGGACCUGGAGCUGGUGGCUGGGGCCAAGGCCCGCAUCCGCGAGCUGGAGAAGGAGGCGGAGACCCUGGAGGAAGCCUACCGCAGCUACCAGCAGAGGGCGCUACAUGCCGCCGUCUCCCACGCGCUUCCACAGAGAGCCCAGUCGCCCACGCGGCACAAGCCCACCGCGCUCCACCACCAACACGCCAAGGCCCUGUCACUGGCGCACCAACGGGUGACCUUCGCCUCUGACCUGCCGGCCCCACGAGUCGACGUGCGUCCCCCAGUCAGAGAGUCGGACCUGCAGCCCGUCAGCUACGGCCGAGCCCCACUAGCGGGAGAGGUGACCCCUCCGCAGCAGAGCCUCUCUCCCGCACCUCGACGCCUCUCCUCCACACCGGUCUCCAUCGCUAAACAUCAGCCAAGACGAGAACUGCUGGAAGAGGCUUUGCCAGUGCCCCUGGCCGGCAGCACGUCCCCAACCCGGCAGCUGUCCCCCAUCCCAGCAGCAGUCCGGCGGUCAGGGGACUUCAGUCCCAUGCUCAGUGACCCCAGCAGCCCCCAGCUUAAGAGCACCAGCCACCAGCACUCCAGUCCCCCAAAUGUUGCUCAAGAGGUCUCAAGUUCAGAGUCCUCUUCUCCACAACCUGCAGAAAUAGCCAUUGAUGACCUGACCGAACCUUCACCAGAGCCCAGUCACAUUCCAGAGCUUCUCCAAGAGGAGGGCAUCCGUGUCAGUGAGGAGGCCCCUGAGGGGCACGACGCCUCCCCCCCUGUACCCACCCAGCCCAGUGCAGCUCAGGCCAAUGUGGAGGCAGCCAGACAGGAGGAGGAGGAGGAGGAGGAGGAGCUGCGCUGGGAGAUGGGGAGGAAGAGGCGAGAGAAGAGGAGGCAGAGGGAGCAACGCCAGGCCCAGGAGAGGGAGCUAAGGGAGCUGGAGAGACUAGAACAGGAGAGGCUCCUGCAGGAGGCGCAGUAUGAGAGCCAAGAGGCGGAGGUGGAGCGAGGAGGUGCAGAGAAGAGGGGCCAGGGGCAGGAGGUGGAGGGCCUUUCCCAGGAAGAGCAGAGGGAGCAGGUGGAGGCCAGCCAACAGCUGGAGCCCGAGAGGGGCCCUGCGUCUGACCCGGCCGACCCGCUGCAGACUUACAUGAGGAUGGUCAUGCAGGGAGGAGAGAGUGAGCGUCAACAGAGUCCAAAGAAGGAGGAGGCUGAGCGCAGAAGCCCAGAGCUGGACAUCUUAUCUGAUAAAGACAACAGUGUUACUGCUUUCUCACAUGAAGAGGCAGAUGAAGACUUCUGGUGAAAUGGAACUCCAUGAACUACAUGA